CUUUUCCCUUUCACUUGUAUCUUUGUUUCAAUCUGCCGGUCCUUGGUGAUCUUACUCGUUCGACUAGAAAUCCAAGUCACAACGAUAUAAGGUUCCCAACCUAGAAGUGAGCGGUAAGUUGCUAUAUCUAUUCUGUCUUUUUGCCUAUACUUGAAACCCUAACUCUGCUUUUGCUGCAACCCCUGCCUCAAAAAUUCACUUGUCAAUCGUGACUUUGCGCUCGACUCCGCACUUGUGAGGAUAUGGCACCCAGGAAAAAAAGCAGGGGGGGCUCGGUAGCUGCCAUUCUUCCCCUUGACCUUAACAACUAGCUUCUGUUUCUACGAUCCUUCUCUCCUCCUCUCGUCCUUCGUCGUCGUCGUCGUCGUCGCGUGAUCUCGGCCUCCUGCGACCUCCAUGGCUGGCAAAGCUGCUGCAGACACUGGGAGCAACGACCGAGUCGUUGAGGUUGAGGGGUCCUCCUCCUCCUCCAUGGCGGACGUGUACAAAGGCGAGCUCACGCCGCUGCAGAGGCACGUCUCCUUCUUCGACCGCAACAAGGACGGCGUCAUCUACCCCUCCGAGACAUACCAAGGGUUCCGAGCUAUCGGGUGUGGCGUCGCCCUGUCUGCUGCUGCUGCCGUCUUCGUCAACGGUGGACUUGGACCCAAGACCGUACUGGAGAACGAGAAGCCUGCGCCUUUCAAGUUCCCCAUCUACGUGAAGAACAUCCACAGGGGCAAGCACGGCAGCGAUUCGGGCGUCUACGAUUCCAACGGAAGAUUUGUACCUGAAAAGUUUGAGGAGAUUUUCAAGAAGUAUGCCCACACGAGGCCUGAUGCCCUUACAGGCAAAGAGCUACAGGAGAUGAUGAAAGCAAACAGAGAACCCAAGGACUUGAAAGGAUGGCUGGGUGGCUUCACAGAGUGGAAGGUGCUGUACUCCCUGUGCAAAGACAAGGACGGGUUUCUCCACAAAGACACUGUCAGGGCGGUCUACGAUGGCAGCCUGUUUGAAAGGUUGGAGCAAGAGAGGAACUCAAAGAAAGAGUCGAGUAAGAAGAAAUGAUGAGAAAUCCAGACGCUCUUAUGUGGACGAGUUUGCAAGUCACGCUGUGCGUGUGGUUGGGUACUAUCAUAAUUUGAUUUAUUCUAUAUGUUUGUCGAUUCAUAUAACGAUAUUGCAAGUAUUUGUCGAACGUGUUUGAAUUAGCAAGACAUAUAGCUGUGAGCUUUGAUAGCCUCCCAUAUUUUUUUCAGUUCAUAUUUUACAUUAACGUUUUUGUGCGGUGCUUGAAAAUAUUUCGAGCGUGUUGUUGUUUUUUUUCAGUUGUCUUAGUCAUGGACUCAUGGUAGAUUGCUACCGCUUUUAAGGCUAUUGUUUGUCUAGUUUAAGCCUCUUUCAUCUAUAUAAUCAGAUGCUCUUGCUCGGUUGGUUAA